CUAGGUUGUGGUGCCGGAUUGCCAGGACUGUACUGUUGCAGACGUGGGGCUAAACAAGUGGAUUUUCAAGACUAUAAUGAGGAGGUUUUGAAAUUACUCACACACACAAAUGUGCUUAACAACCAGGCAGAAUCAGAUGGGUUGUCUUCCUUGUCUCGAUAUUUUGCUGGGGAUUGGUCAUCAUUUUGCAGUCUGGCAGCAAGAGAAAACCUCAAGUAUGACAUCAUACUUACAGCUGAAACAAUAUACAACACAGAUGACUAUUCCAAACUGCAUGAUGUGUUUAAGACUGUGCUUGCAGACACUGGUGUUAUAUAUUUAGCGGCUAAAACAUAUUACUUUGGAGUAGGCGGCAGCAUUGAUUCAUUCAUAGAAUAUGUGAGAGGGGAAAACUGCUUUAACAUAGAAAUUGUGCAUUCCGUUAACAAAGGUGUUCAGAGAAAAAUUCUGAAAUUAUGGCACCUUUCAAACAAUGCUUUGAGUGAAGAAGGAACAGAAAGCUGA